AUGUUCACCUCAACCGUCACCCUCCUCGCCCUCUCGGCGGUCGCCUCUGCCCACGGUAACCACCAGACCCCCCUCACCGGACCCCUCCAGAAGCUCUGGUACAACACUCUGCCCGGUGACGGCGGUACCCAGGCAGACUCCGUCUUCUCGGGAAUCUCCACCUUCGGCCGUCUCCCAUACUACCCGUGCCUCGCCAGUGAAGACGAGAAAUUCGACAUCGCCUUCAUCGGCGCCCCCUUUGACACGGGCACCUCGUACAGACCGGGUGCGCGGUUCGGGCCCAGUGGUAUCAGGCAAGGUUCUCGCCGCCUUAAUCUCUACGGUGGGUAUAAUGUGCCCCUCGAGGCGAAUCCAUUUUCGAGUGAACUGAGGGUGCUGGAUUGUGGGGAUAUUCCAGUUACUUCCUACGACAACGCCUACGCAAUCCAACAAAUCGAGCAUGGCCAUAACGCCCUCCUAAUGCGCCAACCCUACACAUCCGCCUCUUCCCCCGGCCUCUCACGCGCAGGCAAAACCCUGCCCCGCGUAAUAACCCUAGGCGGCGACCACACAAUCACCCUCCCGCUCCUGCGCAGCAUAAACAAAGCCUACGGCCCCGUCACAGUCAUCCACUUCGACAGCCACCUGGACACAUGGAAGCCCAAGGUAUUCGGCGGCUCGCCGAGCGAGGUUGCGUCGGUGAACCAUGGCACGUACUUUUACCAUGCGGCUAUGGAGGGACUCCUGCGGAAUGAUACGAAUAUCCAUGCGGGCAUUCGAACGACGCUUUCGGGGCCGAGUGAUUAUGAGAAUGAUGGAUAUGUCGGGUUUGAGAUUGUGGAGGCGAGGGAGAUUGAUACGAUUGGAACGGAAGGAAUAAUCAAACGCAUCCGCGAGCGCGUCGGCACUGAGAACCCCAUCUACCUCUCCAUCGACAUCGACACCAUCGAUCCUGCCUUCGCCCCUGCAACCGGAACCCCCGAAACAGGCGGGUGGUCGACCCGUGAAAUCCGGACCAUCAUCCGCGGCCUGGACGGGCUGAACUUUAUCGGCGCCGACAUCGUCGAGGUUGCGCCUGCGUACGAUACGAAUGCGGAGCUGACGACCAUGGCUGCUGCCGAUGUCCUCUAUGAGGUGUUGACUAUUAUGGUUAAGAAUGGGCCGUUGACUGUUGAGGGUUCUCAGAGGGGGGAUUUGUGA